AUGCCAGGAUUUUUUUUCCCCCACAACAACAUGACUGAAUUAAAUGGAAAAGACGACUGCAAGCUUGCAGAAGGCAAAAUCCACAAAAAGAAGCAAAAGGCUUUUGGUGCAGAUCUCAAAAAUUAUUUGAAGUGCAUGGUACCACAUAUCGAAUCUGGGAUCAAGACUUCUAACUCCAGAAAUGUCACGCUUUCUGCAGAGGAAGUAAUACAGUGGUCCCAGUCUUUGGAAAAGCUCUUGGCCAGCCAAAGUGGUCAAGGUGUCUUUCGGGAAUUUCUGAAAUCAGAGUUCAGUGAGGAAAACAUCGAGUUCUGGUUGGCUUGUGAGGAUUACAAGAAAACCAAGUCUGAUCAUUUACACAGCAAAGCAGAGAGGAUUUAUGAAGAGUUUGUUCAGUCAAAUGCUAUUAAACAGAUCAAUAUUGACUAUCAGAUGAGGGAAGCAACAGCCAAAAGAGCUCAAGACCCAACUCACACAAGUUUUGAUGAAGCCCAGAAAACCGUGUACAUCCUCAUGGAGAGGGAUUCAUAUCCCAGAUUUUUGAAGUCCAAAGCCUACCUGAACCUUUUGAACCAGCUGCAAAACAACACUUCAAAAUGA